CGAUCGAGUCGUAUCUGCGCGAGUGUCAUUAUCGGUGAGUGAGUGUUCGGAAGCACGAAGGAGACAGGAGCUGGAUGCUGGGUCGGGAAGCCAGGACGGAGGACGCAGGAUACGGGCAGCGAUAUAUUUCCAGAAGUCAGCUGUGUUGGAUGUUAUUUCACUUGGACAGAAUCAACGACGGUGGACCUCCGUGUUUCAACAUUCUUCCGAGCAUAUGGUUGACAACAAGAUCGAGAAUCUUUCUACCGGUGUAUCUACGGAGACACAUCAAUGACCCGAAACGAUCAACUGGAGCUUAUAGCGACACAGCGAGUGCGGUUUCCAGGAACUGCAGUUGCCGUGGAUGCAGAUACUGUACCGGAGGAUCCGGUUCGGGCCGAGCAGGAUUGGCUCGAAGAUGUGUAGCAGAACGUAGCCGAUCCUGAGUUCCCGAUAUAUCGCAUAGGAGUCGCGUACGCUUUUCGUUAAAUCGCCCUGCGCCAUUGAAACGAACGCAGUCACGAGUGCAGUGAAAUAAAGUGAAAUGAGAGAAGAGCGACCGACGUGGGACCGAUAGCUGGGUGCUGAGUAGCAGUCAUCUGUCCUGGACCUGGAUAUUUGUCGCAGGAUAUCGACGCACGAGUUGGUGAGUGUAUAAUUUGAACGCUCACGAAGCGCUAUAUUACGUAGAACUUUGAUCUGAAAAUCGCAUUGAUUGCCAAUUAAAGUAGUUACCGCGUGCAAUUUAUCC